GAUUCUAUUUCGAAGGGUAUAUUAUAAAAGGUUACUUGUGAUCAGUAAUAGUGAACAUAUUGUUGUCUGGGAAUAUUUUUGUUUGUGAAAGCGGAUAAUUAGUGCUAAAAAGACACAAGAAACACGUCCGAAGUUCAAGAUUUAUAUAAAAAGUUGGAAGAAAUUCGGUCACCUGAAAGGAAUGGAUGGAUUCGAUGGAUUGAGACACUGUACCGACCCUAUCACUGAAUUCAUGCAAUUUUGAAGAUGACUUUGGGAGCUGUUUAUUUAACCAAGAUGACUCAGGCGAUAUUCUAUGGAGCUUUAAUUCGAGACUUUGUGGGGACAAUUACGGUAAUGACGGACCAUGUUUAACACACGACACUGGUUACCAGUUCCUAACUAUGACACCAUACUACGACGAUGUCUCAUACACCACCGAAUCAAAAGCCAUAAUCAAAACAACUGCCAAGUUUGAAGCCAAUAACCGAUGCCUAUCUUUCGACUAUGCCAUUGGUGAAUUUUCCUCGGACGGAACACCAGCUGAGAUAAACGUUUAUGUAGACGGCAACGGGAAGAAAAUGCACAAAAUAUACAAUAUCAAAACAACGUCAAAUUAUGAAUGGCUGAAUGCAAAAGUAUCUAUUAAAUCCAUGGAAGAUCUUGUGAUAACAAUAGAGGGCGUUUUUGGAUCUCCAAUUCUUGGAAUGGACAAUAUAUUCCUUUGUCCAGGAUUAUGUUCUAAAUGUAAUCCUAAUCCGUGCAAAAAUGGGGGAACCUGCCAAGAAUCGAAUUCAUACACAGGAACCGGAACUGAAUUCAAGUGUACAUGUCCCGAAAGGUAUACGGGAGAAGUGUGUGAAAUCGAUGUGUGUUUCAACAAUGGGUGUCAAAAUGGCGGAUCAUGUGUAGCAGACAAGAACAAUAUACGAGGGUAUAAUUGCAGCUGCAUAAAGGGUUUUCUUGGAGAAAAGUGCGAAGGUCGUUCCUGUCGUUUUGAAGUUGAUGAAGACCCAGCUUGCUUUUUGAAAACUGAUAAUGAAAAUUGGUUUAGGAAAAUGGGAAAAACUCCAUCACGUUGGACAGGACCAUCAUAUGCAUAUGACGGAUAUUACUAUUUUUAUUUCGAAGCAUCCAAUCGUAUAGAGGGGGAAUUUUAUUACAUCUAUGAUGACCGUAUUGCAUUUGAGAACAAGACAUAUUGCCUAAGCCUGGCCUAUCACAUGUAUGGAAUCGGUAUGGGGUCAUUUGAAAUCCAGACCACCAGUGAUGCCGAGGGAUAUAAGACAUACUUUUCCGUCUCUGGAAAUCAAGGGGAAAAAUGGCAUAAUGUUGACGUUAAUCUGCCUCUAAAUGAAGCCACUUGGAUUAUUAUUGGGGCAAUUAGAGGAAAAACGUACAGGAAUGACAUUGCAAUCGACGACGUCAUUCUCAUGCCAUCCCCUUGUCUGCCAUGACGUUAUAAAAGAAAAAGAACGUUUGAACAAUAUAGAUUAUAUUCAAAUGAUUUAUAUGAUACUUUUGUAGUCCUUCAAAUAUAUCAAAUUUUCAAGUUAAUGAAUAAUUUUUAACAUUUGCAUUAUGUAUAAUAUUUCAUUGUACAUUUACCAUUUUAUACAUGUAACUAGACUUUCUAACAUUUACUAUCUAACAAUUUCCCAUAGUUUUAUGCCUUAAAGAUUUGUUAAUGUUUUUCAGAUAUUCUAGGCUAAGAAUCAUUGCUUACUGUUUUCUUUGUAACUCUUUAUAUUGAAUGUU